GGAAAAGGAAGGAAACAUGUCGUAGUCGUUAGAUUCAUCAUUCGUGCAGUAAGGAAAUUGGUUAUCAAAUGAUAGUAUGAAAGUGAUAAAAUGCUGUAAGACACACGUUUCCAUAAUUUGAGAACUCCGGUGCAUCUGGGCUAAUGAGUAUACGUGCUUUAUGGGUAAUUUCCCUCGACAAGGGGGAACAUGUAUCAGUUCGCUUUUCAAGGAUGUUUUCCACUGUGGAGCACCGUGCAAAGAGACUGGCAGGUUCGUCUUAUGUGUCGGUCCCAGAGGAGGACACUGUGCUGCAGCUCCUGCUCACUGAGCUGGGACUGUCAGACCCAGACAAGCCCUAUGCAGCUUUGAGGGAUGACUGCCUUCACUGUCAGCGCUCUCCAGCCCUGGAACUGCGUGUGGAUGGUCGUGACAAGGGCUUACUUUGGCCAGUGUUGGCCAUCGCACAAGGCCCUCUGAUCCUAGCUUGCCUCCCUUUGGUGGAUGUCCCCUCUGAGCCACGGCCACCUCUGGCAAGCCUACUGUCAGUCUCCAAGGGUCUCACUCUCCUCGCAGGCCUACAGACUUUUCUUCUUGGUUCUGGGGGUAAACCUGAUAGUGAGGGGCUGGCCUCUCGCCUUUCAAUGCUUCCUAAUGUACUCCUGCAGAUAUGUCCACUAGGAACACCUCUGGAUGUCCCAUCUCUCGGGGCUCCUGUGGCAUCCACUGUGCCCACACCAGCUGGAAACCAAAAGCAGCCAGCUUGGAAAACAGGGCUACACCGUGGUCGAGCUGUGGUAAACGUAGCUGUGGUAGAGGUGGUACGCUCUAUGCAAUAUGGGAACCGCAGCAGACAAGAUCUGUGGGAUGUGUAUGGCACUGUGACAUGCAAAUGUGAGGUGGAGGGGGUGCUACCAAAUGUGACAGUGACCCUCACGCUGCCACCCAAUGGUUCUCCACUGCAAGACAUUUUAGUUCAUCCCUGUGUCACUUCACUGGACUCUAGUAUUCUUACUGCCAGCAGUGUAGAUAACUGUGAUGGUUCUGCUUUCUCUGGACCGUAUAAAUUCCCCUUCUCUCCACCUCUGGAGCCUUUUAGACUGUGCAGCUAUACCUCUCAGGUUCCUGUGCCACCCAUCCUUGGUUCAUAUCAGCUAAAGAAUGAAGAGAACCAGCUCCUUGUGUCAGCAACCCUCAAGCUUCAUGAGAGUGUGAAGAACAGUUUUGAGUACUGUGAAGCACACCUGCCCUUUUUCAACAGAGACCAGAUGGGCAUUGUAGAUAUGAAGGUGAACUCCGGACAAUUAGACGUCUCUAAGGAGAAGAACCUGCUGGUGUGGAUCCUUGGACAAAAGUUUCCUAAAUCACGUGAGGUCACAUUGGAGGGAAAGAUCACCUUUUCAGGACCAUUGCCAGGACCUACCGACCCCCUUUGCACAGAACUUACAGCCUACAUUAAAUUAUAUUUCAAAGUGCCUGAUCUGACACUGUCUGGGUGCUGUGUGGACCAACAUUCAGUGCAGGUUUAUUCAUCUGCCAAACCACGGAUUGUAACAUCCCGAGAACUUCAAUCCAAGGAAUACUUCAUAUGGAAUUCAACCGGUGCUGCUCCGGUGUCUUCAGGACAGAUGAUGCUGUAGUUUGGACAACACAGAAAUGGGACUUACUAUCCUGUCCAGCAUUUCCAGUGACUAGGUUUUGAUAUUGUUCAAUAAUGUUGGACACUGUUAUAGAUACUGACAACUUGGCUUGAAUAUCACUUCCUGAAUGAUAGUUUGUUUCUAUACCAAUUUCUCAUUUUAACAAAACACCAAAACUACAUAUGACAAUACAAAUCUUUAAUUUUGUUUUUCAGCUACUUGGUAUUUUACAGUAUUUUUAGACACAACAUAUAAUUGUGCAAUAUAUGGUUUGUCUGUUUUUCCAGUUAAAGCAGUGGUAUAACAAAAAUAAACCUCUUUACCAUGAUAAGUUGUCUGCAUGUGAGCUACAUGUACUGAUGCUGAAGAU